UCCGUAACCAAACGUACAGUACACAAUAAUCCCAUUAUAACAGUAUGUACAUAUAUAUUAAAUUAUUACAACAACAACAACGAUAAUAAUAAUAAUAAUAAUAAUAAUAAUAAUAAUAACAAUAAUAGUUAUCGUAGUUGUAGUAGGUAGUAGUAAUAACAAUAAUAAUAAUAAUAAUAAUAAUAAUAAUAAUAAUAAUAAUAAAUAAUAACGAAUUAUUACGAUGGCUAAUAAAAGUGCAAUUAUGUUAAUCGUGACGCGCUCGAACAAUUAAUUGACGGUAAUCCGACUUUUCCGUUCUCGCGUCGCGCGUAUCGGCAGCAGUCCAUACCGAUGGCAUCCGAGUGACGUCCAGGCAGGUACGUACCUGCCCGUAGAAAGUGCGAACGGUUUUCGCGUUCAUUCGCGCCCUACGCUCGCGCCCGGACGUCCUGCAAUAUGCGCGUUUCCUGACGGUACCCGUUUUCCGACCCAGCGAUUUGCCAGCGGAUCGCCGUCGCCGCCGUCUGUCCGGUGACCGUGGUAUUAUUGAUGUGCUUUCACGGCAUGAUGUCGUCGAACACGAACCGCAUAAUACAGCCGAGGAACCUGGCGUCGAUACUGAUGAAACUGCACGGCGCGUUUGCUGAGGCGAUCACGUCGCCAAAGGCGGCCAUCGACAAGCGCACGCUGGAGAAGACGUGGAAACUGAUGGACAAGGUGGUCAAAUUGUGUCAACAUUCCAAAAUGAACCUGAAGAAUUCCCCGCCGUUCAUACUCGACAUACUGCCGGACACCUAUCAGCGACUCCGGUUCAUAUACACCCAGUACGAGAACGACCUGGGCGAACUGUUCGCCAACGAGCAUUUCAACGUGUUCAUAUUAAACGUGAUUCGAAAGUGCAAACAAGCAAUAAAGCUGUUCAAAGAGGGCAAGGAAAAAAUGUACGACGAAAAUUCGCAUUACAGGAGAAAUUUGACCAAGUUGAGCCUGGUGUUUAGUCAUAUGCUCAGCGAACUCAAAGCGCUGUUUCCGAACCAUAGGUUUGCGGGGGACAAGUUUAGGAUAACCAAAAGUGACGCCGCCGAAUUUUGGAGAUCAAAUUUCGGAAUGAGGUAAAUAAAUACAAUUAUAAUUAUAAUACAUAUAUAUGCAGUUUAAUCAUACCCCGUUUGAAGAGUAAAGACAUCGAGUCUGUGAGUGAUACGAAUUUAGUGAGAAUUUAAAGAGAGUUAAAUAAUAGAGAGUAUAGAGAUUUAAUGGCAGUCGGGGUACCUAUAUUUAGGCGGGUUUAUAAUAGACAUUGGUUUAUUGUCUCGGAAAAUAUUUAAUUACCUACAUAUUAUAUUACUUAUGUAAUAUUUUUUUCAUUAAUUCAUUCUUUAAUUAUCUAAUCAACAAGUUGUAUGCAAACGCUUUUACUUUGAUCGAAAUACACAUUUAAAAAUUAUAUCUUUUUAAACUAUCUUAUUCUUAGGUAGUAUUUUAAGAUCAGGUUGAAAUCUCGAAUCUAGCUGUAAUUUAAAUGUUCUAUGGCCCAGUGUAUCUUUAAGUGGCUACAGAUUUAAAGAAUUUGUUUACUAGUGACUUGCAUUAAGUAUAAUUUUUCUAACAAAUUUGAUAGACUAUAUAAAAAAAGAUUGAUAGGCAGAUAGCUAGGUAAGGGAAUAGGUACUGCAUAAUAGAAACAUCUUGUUACAGUCAUGUUUGUAGUAAAAUAAAAUAUUAUUGUUAUUUGUUGAUUUCCUUGAAAAAGUGAAUGGGUACAAAGUACCUACUAGGAUUAGUACUGUGAACAUCAAUACUAAAUUUAUACUUUUACUCGGUGGUGGAUCCAGGAUAAGGAAAGUGAGAGGGGCGAUUUUGAAAAUGCAUAUAAUUAAGGUUGCCAACUUUUCGUUUGCAAAAUAUCAACCCCUUGUCUGAAAAAAAAGUUCAUCAUUUUUAUUUCAAUAUUUAUAUUAUUAUUAUCUACAUUAAAGAAAUAUUCUUGCAGGUAAUUUUAAAAUAAUAAUAAAUUGAUAAUAAGUAUAAAAUAAUAAAAUUAAUUUAAACCUUUUUAUUAAAAAUUAUAUUAAGGUGUAUUUAGAGGUAUUUUUUGCAGCUUAUUCAGCUUUAACCGCGUAAAUUCCCAAACAAUUCCUCUCAUUUAUCCACAAACUAAAACACUGAAGACACUUACAACUAAUGCAUUCAUAUUUUUUAAUGGUGCCAAAGAUUAUAUACUUAUUUAUAUUGAUUUCUUGUCGAAACAACCUGCAUCUAAGUCUUAUCAAAGUGAAAUACCGGCCUUUUUGGUAAAAUCCUAGACGGUUGGCAACCUUAUAUAAUAAUGUACACAGGAAAAUCAACUUAAAAGUAUAUUUGAGAACAAACUUUAUGUGGUUGGGUGGGUUGGAGGAGGGGGGAGUCGAUCACCCUUCUGGAUUUGCUACUUAUUAUUUUUACCUAAGCAUUAUUACUGAAAUAAUGCUGAAAUUGCUUAUAAUUAAAUAUAACUUAUGCAAUAUACAAUAUACAAGUACAUAUUACAUUAUUACCUAUUUAUACAGUAUCAAAAAUAUAAAAUUUCUAAUAUCAUUAAAUACAAGUAUUAAAAAUAAAUAGGUACAUUACUACUAUUAAUUAAAAAUAUUAUUUUUGUUUAAUAUCUUCUUAUAAACUAUAAUAAUGUCUAAAGUAGAUAGUGGUAAACCUAAACAAAUAAUUUGUAUUCAAUUGACUACAAUUAUUAUUUUUUAUCAUUUGUUUGAAUAUAGCUUGUUAGUUUGAUAGUGAUACCUUUUUUAAAUUUACAUUUAGUGAGAGUGUGAAACUAUUUUAAUAAAGUUUUGAAUUUAAUGAAUGUCCUAUUCCUACAACUCAUAGGGUAUCUAGGUAAUUAAAAAUUGUUUUGUUUUUUUUUUAAUUUUUAGUAAUUCGUUAAUAACAAUCGUCAGUGUAAGUAUGGACAAUGGAUAUAUAAGUAUUACCUACUUAAUUUUAUUCAUAAAAAAUUAUAUUGUUUUUGAUUUAUAGAUGUUUGUAAUAAAUUAUUUAUUUAAGUCUUAUAUUAUAUUAUUAUUAUUAUUAUUUAAUUAUAGUUAAUCAGUAACAUCAAAAUGAUAAGCAAAAUGCAUUUUUAUUAUUAUUUUAUAGUACAGUAGUUCCUUGGAAACUAUUUCGAAAUACCUUACAUGAUGUCCAUCCAAUUGUCAGUGGAUUAGAAGCGAUGGCUCUCAAAUCAACUAUUGAUUUAACAUGUAAUGAUUAUAUAUCUAAUUUUGAGUUUGAUGUUUUUACCAGGUAAAUACAAAUAAUAUGUUACUUUACUAAUCAAUUUGUGGUGGAUUUGAAUUACAGUUAUAAAAUUAAUUUCUAUUAGUAUUUCCAAAUUACUUAAUAACAUGGGAUUGUUUAGAUUGUUUCAACCAUGGCCGACAUUGUUAAGAAAUUGGAAAAUAUUAGCAGUUACUCAUCCAGGAUAUGUUGCAUUUUUAACUUAUGAUGAAGUGAAAGCUCGCUUAGAAAAAUUCAUCACCAGACCUGGAAGGUUGGUUAUUUGUAUACACUAUAUAGUUUGUAAUGCACCCAUAUUGAAAUACAAUACCUAUUACAAAAUAUGUGUUCAAAUAAAAUUUCAUUGAUUGUGAGUAGCAAUUUCUCUGACUGCAGUUAAUAAAUUAUUGGAAUUUAUAAUAUAUUUUUUGUUAGCUUCCCAUUUUAUAUAAUAUGUACACUGUACAGAUAUGUAUAGAUUCAAAACUACAAACAUUAAUCUAAGUAUCAAAGAAUAAAGUUAAUAAUUGUUCGAAAGUAAUAUUUACUUAUGCUAAAUUAUAUUCUGAUUGUAAAUUAUUAUUACAAUUACACAAACAAAUAUAUAAAAAACAAAAACUAUUUGAAAUGCAAUUGUUGAUCUUCAAACCUUUGUGAAAACUUGUUUACUUGUUUAACUUGUUUAUUCAAUUAUUAUUGUUGUUGUUUUCUAACUAUUUUCCCACAUCUUUCAUAAUUUGUAUUAUGUAAUCUAUUCUUAAUCUACCUCUUCUAAGAUGUAUUCUCACAAACUAUUAUGACAUAGUAGAUGCUCUAACAUUCUUUUCUUUCUGAUUUGAAUACCAUGUUAAAAUCAUCCGGUUCCUUUAUUUUGUUCAGUUAUCCUGGUUUCUUUUUGUCCAUGGAGUCUUAAGGGGAUUGGAAGUGGUGAUUUUCUGUAUUUGUCUUACACACAUGCAACAUAGGGAUUUUGAUAUAUUCUACUGGAGUGAUAAGAAUUCUAAAAACAGAUUUUAAUUUUUUGUCAAACCUACUUAAAACGUCUCAUAUUUUUGAUUUUAUACCGCUAAAUAAGAAAAAAGGCCAUAAUAAAUAAGGAGUAAUUUAAAAAAAAAAACCUGACAAACAUACUUUGCAUGUGGGUGCAGCCAUUGUUGUAGGUGGGAAGUUGAGAAGGUAGGAUACAAAGAGAAUUUAAUGUAUAUCUGUGAGUGAAGAUAAAUCAUUGCUAACGAAAACACUGAGUAAAAUUCAGUUAAGAGUAAUGCUUUGUCAACACAAAGCAUCCAUGACAGAAAUUAUUGCUUAAAAAAACAUUAAAAUAAUAAAAAUUUAAUGAUAACAAAAAAUAAAUAAAAAUAGUUAGGGUAUGACUACCUUAGUUUUAAUCUAAAAAACCAGGUUUUCCUCAUUAUCUCGAAUAUUUAUGAGAAUUUCAAAAAAUAACUUCUUUAAAGAGAAUAUCCACAUUCCACAUUAGAAUCUAAAAUGAAAUAUUUGUUUUGGAGAAAUUAAAAUAUAAAAAUCAAAAAAUGGGAAAAUGGAUCUCAAGUGGACUUGACAUCAAAUUCAAAUUUGUUUUCAUAAUUGUUAUCACUUCACUAGACUAUUUGGUACAUUGAGAAAUAUAACAUAAAUUCUUAAGUUGUUUUGUGUUGGACUAAGACAGAAAAUUACUGCUUUAAAUUCUAAUCAUUUUUUGAUAGCAUCACAUUUUAAAUUUUACUUGUAUAUUAUGUAAUAACAGUAACAAAUUAAUUAAUGAUUUUGUUAAAAAUUAAGGUAAGGAAAAAUAAUUUCCUGUUAUUGGAAGGAUUUUCUAUUUUAUUACACUAGGUUUUAAGUAUUUCGUUAAUUCAAAGAACAGUACACAGUAACUAUAUUCAGUAAAUAAUAUUUUUUUGUCAACUAUAGUUAUGUAUUCCGUCUAAGCUGUACACGAUUAGGGCAAUGGGCAAUCGGCUACGUUACAACAGAGGGUGAAAUAUUACAGACCAUUCCUCAAAAUAAAUCAUUAUGUCAAGCAUUGUUGGAUGGUGCACGCGAAGGAUUGUAUGUAUUUAUUGUAUUUUUUAGAAAAUAGCUUAUAAAAUGUAUUUAUUUUUACACACAAUUUAAUUUUAAAAAGAAACAUGCUUAACAAAUAGAAUUCCUUAAUUUAAAUGUAAGAUUUUCUUUUUUUAAACAGUCAGUGAAAUCAAUUAAAUAAUACCUACAUGCAAAUUGAAUGAUAUACAUAUAAAGUAUCUAUAGAAUUAAUCUUAAAGCUAAUAUGGAUUACUUUUGGGUUAUAUUCAAAUGGCAUACAUAAAAAAAUGUUUUAUAUAUAUCAGGUCAAAUUCGAGUUGCAUUCAUGUUUAUCAGUGAUAUAUCUAAGUAACAUCCACAAUAUUAAUUAUUGUUAUUUUAUUUAUUUUUGUUUGUCAAUAUACUUGAAUAUACUUGUAAAUAAUUGGAAACUGAAAACCAUUGUAAUUAUAACUCAGUUUGAAACUAAGAUUAUAUAGCGUGUUUCAAAAAGUAUCACAAAAUAUAUUAGUUGGAUGGACUAAAUUCGAAAUUUUUUUUUUUUAAGCAAGAUAGAGGAUAUUAAAUAUCUAAGUAUAUAUUUAAGUAAAUUUUAAAAUUUUAACCAUUGUGCUUUCGAAAUAAAACUUAUCUAUUUUUCUUGUGAAAACACCUAUUUUUAAUACCAGAUUAUUAGCAAGUUAUGAUAAAUAGUCUAAGAUAAAACUGUAUGAAGUUUUAAAAUAUGAUUUUUUAUUCUCAAUUUGUACAUAAAUUAAAAAUAUAUAUUAUAACGCAAUUAUUUUAUGGUUUUACUACUAAUUUUAGAUUUUGAGUGGAGCAGGUUAUAUAUAUAUACAUAUAUUAGUUUUACAAUGAUGUUUAUUUAUUUAUUUUUAUUUUUUUGGGGACAUCUUUUCUCGGAGGUUCCUUUAGGGAGGUAAUUUUUUGAUUAUUUCGAGAGUUUUCGCAAUAAAUAGGAAAAACCUGAAAAAAAUUGAGGAAAACUGGGAAAAUCAAUAUUAUUUUAAACAAAUAUUAUUAAAGAAAAUAUAUAAUGCAUAUAUAAUAAUAUAUAUAAAUUAUAUCAGGUGUAACAAAAUUGAGUUUUAUUUUUUUCAUGAAAAAAAAAUCUCCUAUUAGUGAGUAGUGAUUGUUAGGCUAAUCUAAAAUUUGCACGUUGCUAAGUAAAGAAUGUAAUAAGGAAUAAAUAAGGCCCUGUAGUUGAUAAGAAUAAAAUCUAUAUUGACAAUGUUGUUAGUUAUGAAACACAAAAGGUUUUGUAAACAACUUAUUUUUAUGGUUUUAUCUUCAUUAUGUACAUUUUUACUUUUCGUGGCAUAAAACUUUGUCAAUAUUAAUUUUGUUCUUAUUAACUAUACAAUAACAAAUAAAGAUACUACUAGUUAAAAAUUUUAGUUUGUGUUAGUCUUUUUCAGUAAAAUAAUUUAUUAAAAUUGUAAAAAUCGCAGUAUUUAAAAAUAUAUUUAGUAUCCUAUAGAAUCGGUUUUUGUUAGCAAUUAUUCAUUGUUAAUAGAUAUAAUUUAAAUUACUUUAUUUAUUUAUACUUCCAACUUCCCAUCUAUAAUAGUGGCAUACUCAUUGUACAGAUCAUCCCAAUUUUUUAAAAAAAAAAUAUCGGGACGCAACUCGGAAUUGCCAUUAAGAAUACGUGUACACAACUCCCGAGAAAAAUUAUAAUAUCAUUAUUUUUGGACAAAAAAAAACAAAUUUUUUUAGAUUUUAGUACUAAAAUAAAAAAUAUACAUAUUAUAUUACGUAUUUACGAUCUGUUAUGAUACUAAAAAUAAUCAGCAAAAAAGAAAACUAAUACUGCUGAUGAGAUUGUUACUGUUGUAGGUGAGAGGUUGGAUACGUAUACAUUUAUUUAACUUAUAUCUGUGCGUCAUAAACCAUUGCUAACGAAAAACGAUUCUUGGUCGAAGUUCUGUUUAACAUAUUUUGAUUUCAUCCUUAUUGAAUAAAGAUUAAAUAUAGGUCCACCCUCCACGAAAACAAUGCAUUUUUUUCAGCGUUAACAGUUAAAUAAUGAAUUAAAAUCGUGCAAACCGUCGCAUUUAAAAACAUAUUUAUAACCGCGUAGAAUCAUUUUUCGUGGGCAAUGAUUUAUUGUUACAUACAGAUAUAAUUUAAAUCAUUUUAUAUAUUUACUUUCCCAACUUCUCACCUAUCUUAGUUGUACACCAAUUAGCAGAUCGUUGUUUUUUUAAAAAAAAAAUAAUAUCGGGAUGCAACUCGGAAUUACCGCGAGAAAUCCGUGCACACAAUUCUCUAAUAGAAAUGAUAUUAUUUUUAGACAAAACAAAACUGAUAAAAAUUGUUUAAGUAGAAUAUUUACAUUUAAUUUAUUUAUUUCUGUAAUUUAUGAUAAACUAUUUCUAAUGAAAAACGAGCCAAGUUUGGUUAAACAUAUUUUGAUUUCAUCCUUGUCGAAUAUAGAAGAAAAUAUAAAAAUAGAUCCACAAAAUAUACAUUUUUUAGUAUUUAAAGUUAAAUAGUGAGUUAAAAUCAUUACUAAAAAUUUCAAAAUAACUCUUAUUACAUAUUUUUAAAUGCCGUAAUUUUUACUAUUUUUGUCAAAAUUUGAUAUUAAAACGCUAAUGGAAAAAAAAAAUGCAUUAAACUCAAAUUUAUUUUUUAGACUAUUAAGUACAUCUACUAAGUACAACUUAUAAUAUACCUUGUGUUAAAUUUUAAAGCAUUAUUCGUUGUCCUAUAAAUUAAUAUUGAUAAUAGUCAUAGAAUUUAAUUUUACUAACCGAUACCUACCGAAUAAAAUUACAGUACACAUAAAAACAAGAACAUAUCAAAUACCUAUAAAUAGCCUAAAAAUUGCUAGAAUUUUUUGAAAAUUUGACCACAUCUUUGUAAUGCUAAUUGCUAAUAUACAGGCCUACAAUAAUUUUUAAUCAAAUAAUAACAAAACACCCAAAUUCCGUGUUUCUUAUGGUUUUUUCACCAGUUUUUCGUAAUUAUUAGGAAUACUAUACAGAAACUCAAACAAUGACUUUCUUACUCACAUAAUUUUUGAAAUAUGAAUAAAGAUUUCUGAUAGAAAAAUUUAAUCUAACAAAUUUUAAAUAAUGAAAUUGUUGCACUAUAAUUUGAAAAUAUUGAACUUUUCGUCUUUUUUAGUUUUUCUCAUUUAUUAUGAAAAUUACUUUAGAUAUCAAAAAAUUACUUUCUUUAUCAGUGGCUAUACCUAUAUUACAAGGAACAAAAUUGAUCUUUUGUUAUUUUUAGUUUGGAGCAAUAUUUCUAGUAGAAAUAUGGUUUGCAAAAAAAAGCAAUGAAAUCGGUUACGCCUCGGUGCGCAGUAAAUAUUUGCCGUUUUACUUGUAAUUUUUAUUCGGGGUUUUCCUAAUCAUUUUUAAAACCUCUAAGAAAAUUAAAAAAUGACUCCCGCUACGCACCAAUUAGAGGAAAUUACCUCUCAGAAAAAGUGCUCUAUACACCGGAGCAAGAUUACUUGUAGAUGAGUAGUUUACAGACAGAAAAAAAAUAAAAAAGACAUGGUCAUACUCCGCACUAUGUGUGGGCCACUGUUGUGUGUGAGAAGUUAGGAAGGUAGGAUAUAUAGUCUCUGAAUAAAAUAGGUCCACGAAAAAAAAUAGUUUUUUUUUUAUUUUUAACAAUUAAAUAAUGAAUUGAAAUCGUGCAAACCCCAGUAUUUAAAAAUAUAUUUAUCCGAAUUUCGCUCAGAAUCGUUUUUUUUUUUAGCAAUGAUUUAUUGUUACAUAAAGAUAUAAUGUAAAAUACUUAAUAUUCAUUACUUUCCCAACUUCUCAUCUACCUUAGUUGCACACCAGUUAAUCGAUCUUCGUUUUAUUUAAAAAAAAAAUAUCGGGACUUAACUCGGAAUUGCCGGGAAGAACCGUGCACAUAAUUCCGUAAUAAAAAUUAUAUCAAUUUUGGACUAAUCAAAAUCAACGAAAAGAAACUGACAUACUUUGUACUUGGGUGGGUUACUGUUGUAGGUGAUAAGUUGGGAAAGUAAAGAGUAAAAUUUAAUUUAUAUCUGUACUCAAUGAUUAAUUAUUUCUAAUGAAUAAUGUUUCUAAACGAAGUUCAUUGAACAUGUGUAAAACAAUUUACAACGUUUAUAAAACAAAAUUUAACAAUUAAAUAUUUUUUUGCACUCUAAUACGAGGUAUUAGAGAACCUCGUCUUAAAUAUACUUAAAAAUGUCAAAUGCCUAUAAGUAGUUAAACAUUUGCAGAAUGUUAGAAAAAUUUAACCACAUCUAAAAUUCACUAAUAUUAGUAGUAUGUCAAAAUUUCAGGUUUCCGCGAUUAUUUCUAACUGCAUUACAAGAAAAAAAUAAAAUCGAAAAUAACAAUAGGUUAUUGUGUAAAUCUUUCCGUUUUGCCCAAUUAUUAAAUUAACGACGAGGGAAAUCUAAAACCGACUUUUUAUGUACCAAUAGAACCAAAUUUUCUUUUAUAAAAGAUGCUACUAUUGGUGGAUAGAAGUAUUUCUGGUAGAUAAACGAAAUCGAAAAUAUUUAAAAUAAUGGAAUCGUUAUCCCCGUAAUUUAUUCGUUUUUACCAUAUAUACUUUUUUUCAAGUUUUUCCCUAUUUUUAUGAUGUAUUGAAAUACUGAUCGGAAAAUCAAAUACUUAGACCUCUCUAAUGCAAAAAUUACAUCCAAGGCGCCAUACAAAAAAAACUCUUGUCAUUUUUUGAUUGGAAUAACGUUUCUGUUAGAAAAGUCGUUUGCAUGCAGAUAAAAAAGUAAAAUUAAAAAAUAGCUAAUAUUUUUGAUGGGUAUGCCACUGAUGUAGAUGGGAAUUUGGGAAAGUAGAAUACAGUUAUUUAAUUUAAAUCUGUACGCUACGAUAAACCACCGCUAAUGAAAAAUGAUUUCUCGCAUCGGAGUAUGCAACCAUGCAAGUCUUUAACGUAAAUUACAACAAAAUCUAUAUUAAUUUAUGAAUAGUUAGUAGUACAGCAACGUGGCUCAAACUACCCUUCUAUACCUCCAUCGAAUUUUUUCACGUAGCCCCGACUAUUGCUGGUGCUGUACACGGCUCCCCAAAUCACCCCAUCCACAUUACUACUGCAGCCGCCACUAAAAUUUUAUCGCCCCGUGUUGCAUUGUUUUACAAAUUGCUGAGAUUCAAAAAUUUAAAAUGUAUAUAAAUAGCUUAAAAGUUGUCAAAAUGUUUGGAAAAUUAUCACGCCAAAAAAUGCUAGUAUAAUAUUCGGUUAAAUUCUGAUCUCUACGAUUAUUUUAAAUUGAAUUACAUAGUUUCCUUUUUUUCUUUCCCAAAUAAUAGAAAAAACUACAAGGAAAAUAAAAAAAACAAAAAUGAUCAUUAGGUACCGUCUGGAUUCCAAAUUCAACAAAACGGGUUUCUUGUAAUUUUUUAAUUGAAGCAACGUUUAUUAGUAGACAAGGUGCUCGUGGGCACAAAAUCGAAAUUACAAAAAUCACACAUAAAAUCAAUAGAUAAAUUUCUCGGUAGUCACUACGCUCAGAAUCUAAAACGUGAACUGAAUAUAAAAUCAAAAUGAGGAAUUUAUAGACAAUAGGCUCGUUGUCUGAGCGGCUUUUCGAGCCACGGCCGAAGUUGUGUAGCCGUCUUUAUUAACAGAAUUUGGCUAGUUUGGCCUCCGCUCAGGGCAAUGCGAAAAACAAAUGAACGGCGGGAAAUCCUUAUCGCCGCUCGUUAUCUGCUGAUUUUUCAAAUGCGUUUUUUUGUAAAAUGCAGAUCGCAUCGUUCAACAACUUUGAAAUUAAAUAAUCCAUUUCUAUUGCUAAUAAACUACUAUGGAGAACACUUUUGUUCAGUUUCUAAGUGACAAUAUUACAAUAAUGUUAUGUAUGCAUUUAAAUUUCAAAAAUCUGUGCUCCAAACCAUUACAUCAGUGGCAUAUAGCUUUUAUAUAUAUGGUUAAUAUUUUUAUAGUAAUAUUGUUUCCAUAAAGCACAGAUUUACAUUAAUUAUUGAGUUGAAAAAUAAACAUUUUCAUUAGACUAAAGAACAACAUCAAAGUCUCAAGAUGUUCUUUGAAAACAAAUAUUGUAUACUCCAAGAACAAUAAUUUCAUCCUAUUAUUAAGUACCCAUACGUUUAGAUAUUCUAUUCUACGUGAGAAUCUCUUUGAUUUUAAAUCCAGUCACAUUUUAUUUUUCGUCUAUUAUGUAACUGAUGAUUUUUUUUGAAAUCUAAACUCGUUAAUAUACUCGACCCAAAUUAUAAUACUUAAGACAAAGUUUUUUUUCCUAAUUUAUAUUUUGUUUUGUUUUUAUCAUGCACAUUAUAUAUUUGUUCGUCAAUAUUGUUUUCAUUUUUGGACACUAUUCAGAUGCACGGAGAUUUGGGCUAUACUAUUAUUAUCAUCAUCUUAUAACCGCUAUAAGAAAAGUAAUAUAAAAACAUCCUCUAGUUAUAAAAAUGAGUUUCUCAAUAAUACAAAUAAUAGAAAUUCGUUCACAAAAAAAUAUGAUAAUGAUAAGUGAUAACCACGGUUGUAGUUAUAAUUUGGAUGUGUGUACCUACCUGGAGGUGUAGUGAACUCUGAUGUUUCGUAGUGUGAAUUUAGAUUAAGUAAAACAUUAAUGUAAUAAUGUGUUGUAAUAUUGACUUUGAUUCAUAUUCUACGAAAAUUAUAAAAAUGUAAAAUAUUAAUGUCGCCUAGUUUUUUUUAAGUUAAUAAAUAAUACCUAUAAUUAAAUGUAAAUAUUGUGUUAUUUAAUUAUAAAUACAAUAAAUAACAUAAUAAACAAUUAGUAAUACGAUACAUCACCAAGUGAGUAGUGACUAAUUGUGUUUAAUCUAAAGUUUGUAAUUUUGUUUUUUGUUGGUACCUAUACAUUUGUUGUUUACUUUUCAGUUAUCUUUAUCCAGAUGGGCAAAAAGGAAAUCCAGACCUAUCGAAUGCCGUGGAACAAAGUCCGGAGAAUCACAUCAGAGUUACCCACGAACAGUACGAAAUGUAUUGUGAAAUGGGUUCGACUUUCCAGAUUUGUAAAAUAUGCACAGAAAAUGACAAAGAUGUUCGUAUUGAACCAUGUGGUCAUUUAUUGUGCACUCCCUGUCUAAAUUCUUGGAUGGUAAGUUAUCGUUCACUAACAUUUUGUUUUUAAUUUUUAUCUAGAUAUUUUAAAACAAUAUACACAUUUUUAUUUUCUUUCAUUAGGAGUCUGAUGGUCAAGGUUGUCCGUAUUGUCGGGCCGAAAUUAAAGGCACAGAGCAUGUGGUAGUGGAUCCAUUUGAUCCGAAAAGAAUUAAAUAUAAAACUGUUCCCACGCUGCCAAUCUUAUUGGAAAACUCUGAAGAUGAAGAAGAAUAUAGUGAAGACGAUCCAGUAGUUAAAUAAUACACUGUGUUGUCAUAUGGCGUGAGGUGUUUCUCCAGAAUUAAUAAAUAAGUAUUUAUAAUAAGAGUCGCUGAAGACCGUUUAACUGUGAUAUGACUGUGUAGGUAUGUUUCAAACAUUCAACAUGUCUGCAUUCAUUAUUUUGAUUUCAAAUAGUAGAUAGGUAGGUAGGUAGGUAGAUAGAUGGAUUGAUAGAUUGAUUGAAUAGAAUAAUUCUUAUUGAACGAUGAUUCACAGUCAGUGUGUUGGUCUCAUAGACAUAUUAAGAAAUGGAAUGUGCCUUGAGAGAGAAAACCAGUUUGAUUAUUAAGUUAGAGAGAUAACUACAAUUUACCCCAAUAUAGAAAAAAACAGUACCAAUCACUAAUUUUUCCAAGAAAUUACUUUAAUUUAUGCAUUUAUUAAUUAAUAAUAACAUUUAACGUACUAAAAUUAGUGGAACUUGCUGGAUUAUGUGUGUCAUAAUGCAAUCGUCAUCUAAACAACUCAUUUUUAGCUUUGAGUGAUGUUUCUUGUCGAAAAUGUAAAAAAAAUAUAAGUAUUCAAAAUUCAACAUAAUAUUUAUAAUUAAAUAAAAAUAUUUGAUUCCAAGAUUUACAACCAAACAUCAACCCAAUCCAGAGGAACAACAUAUUUCUUUGGUAUUUUUUUGUUGUUUACUAGGCUCAAAGUAUAGUCAUUUUCCCAAAAAUUCAAAAUACAAAUUGUAGAAUACUUUCAGUUUUUAAAAUCGAUGUCCAAUAUUCUGAAAUCAUGGAGCCACAAUAUACUAAGUUCUUCACUUUGAGGAGUACCAAAAAUAAUCCAGUAGUACAGACAAAAUAUUUUAAAUUAAUUAAUAAUAUUAAUUUGGAGUAACUAAUUUAUGUAAUGAAACACUUUUAGGUGGACUUCCUUGAAUGCUACAUUUAUUUACCAUUUUUAUUUUUAUAUUAAUUUAAUACUUAAACUCUUAUUUACCACUCUUAUAAAUUAAAAUAAUUCAUAUCAUGAGUGGAAAUUAAAUUAUUUUAUUAUAUUUUCCACAAUUUGGGGUUAAAAAUGAAACUGGUGUGACACAUUUUUAAAUGAUUUUAGUACAACUAAUUUUUUAAAACCACAGUAGUCUACUUUUUAAGAAAUAAUUUACACCCCUUUGCUCUGGCAAAUUUGUGGAUAGUCUCUCACUCAAUGAUUAGAGUGGCGAAUCUUAGGCAAGGUAUGGUAAACAUGCAGUCAAUUUUUUAAUAUGUCUAUGGUUAUUUUUUUCUUCCAUUUUAUGUGAUAACACCAAUAUAUUUUAUAGUUGUAAUGAUAAUAAGUGAUAGGAAAAAAAAAGAAUUUUAAUAUAUUAUAUUAUUAAUUAUAUUUUUAUAAUUCCAGUAGCAUAUAAUAUAACUCAGUGAUUUAAUUAAGGUACAUAUAGUACAUUGGUGGUAUUUAUUUUUUAAUAUUUAAAUAUUCCUCACAUUUCUUUAUAUUAUUUCCGGAUCCAGUGAAUGACCGUCCGAUACAUUUCAAGCAAUAAAAAUCAUAUAUUUUUCGAUAAAUAUAACUAUAAUAAUAUGUGAUAGUUGAAAUACUGUUGCUAUAUUGAGUUUUAUUUUUUUAUAUAAUUAAAAUUAAUGUAGCAGUAAUAGGUACUGCUGCAGUCUUAUAUGACAAUCGUAGGUAGUUAAAUGUAAAUUUUAUUUUUUAUUUUACCCAUUAUUAUUGUUACCUAUAGAAUAAAUUUGACUUUCAUGUUAGUAUCUCGUUUUUGGGGUUUGUGGUUAAUUGCCGUAAUUAUUUAUUUAUUAUUAUUAUUUUUAUUCAUCAGCGAUUUUAUAUUUUUGAAAGUUAAUUUCUAGUCUCCAAGCAAUCUAGUCUAGUUAAGAAUUUUUAUUUUUCGUUUCUUUUAUAUACGCAUAUCUUUAAAAAAACAAAAAUUUAUUUUUAGACAUUUCUUAUGUAGAGAUAUUUUCUAAUUUGUUUUAUCAGAGGUAUAUUAUAUUAUUGUAACAUAAGGUGAAGCCUUUACAUUGAAUUGAUACAAAUAUGUGUGCACCCAUUGACAUUAUUGAUCUUAAUAUUAUUUUAAUUUUAGUGCUAAUCAUUUAUAAUAUCAGAUAUAUAAAUAUAUAUAUAUUUAUUUUUUAUACAUUUAAUAAUCAAAAUCUCUGUCAUCUAUUGUACUCUAUUGUGUUUAAUUUUGAUAUGUCAAAAUUCUUUGAUAUUUUUCUGUAUAAUUUUUAUUAACAAUCAUCCAUUUUAUUCUAAUGUACAUUGUACACAUUAAACAUAAUUUUAUUGUUUUUUCAAUGAUUAAUAUUUCUAUUUUUGACCAUUCAUUUAUAAGUUAUAAUAUUGUACUAAAUAUUAAUUUUAAACAAUCUACCUAAUAUUAUAUUUUAAUAUCAAAGAAUGUUAUAUUUGUUAAUAACAUAUUAUUGUGUAAUAUUUAUAUGUAUAUCUAUUAUCUGUAACAACCUUGGCAAUAAUACACAGGUCUAUAAUUGUUUAUUAAUUUUAAUUAGGUAUAUUUAAUCAAAUUCACUGUAACAUUCGUUUAUGGAAUUUAAAUAUUAUAAAUAUAAUAUUACUAAUACAGGGUAAUGUAGUCUGCGAAAUUUAAAUUUUAGAGGUAAAUAAUUCCAAUAUUAGAUUUUUAUUUUUAUUAUAGUAUUAUUGUGUAUUACUAUUAUUAGUUUUAGAAUAAUUUGUUGAUUAUGUAUUUUUUUUUUUUUUUUAUAGCCAAAAAUGACAAUAUUAUUAUUAAUUUUUUUUUUUUAAUUUUAAAUUAAGAUAAAUAGAUUUAUGUGCGAUUUCGUGCGAUUUUGAGCUUGAAAAUAAUUGGAGGUAUACGAAAAAUUAAUUUAUUAAUGUGUGAUGUAAAACAGCAAUAAGUGUGACAUAACAGUAUAUAUUCGUAUCAUGAAUAGUAUUUUAGUAGGUAUUUUAUUUAUUUGUUCGUAUUUACUUUAUUAUAUUAUGAUAAUUUUUGUAACAUAGGUAUACAUAUUUUUUUAUGUGUAAAUAAAUCAAAUAGCUAAUUAUACACGAUACCAAUUUUUAUACUAGUAACACAAUUUGUAAUUUAUUUUUACCUAUUGAUUAUUGAUUACUUGUGUAUGUCCUAGUGGUGUAUUAGGAUAUUACAUACAUUUUGAUAUAUUUAAUUGUCAAAAAAAAAUGUUUCUGUCUGUUUAAAAUCAUUAAUUGUUUUAUCAUACAUGUUCUUGAGCUUUGGCCUGUACUGAAUAUAAAAAUUAAAUAAAAUAUAAUCUAUUUAAGUACUUAGUUUUGCGCCAGGAAGGGGCAGGGGGAUUAUGACCAUCAGUUUAUCAGUUUAUCAGUUUAUCAGUAUUAUAACUGUAAAUUGUUAAUUAAAUCAAAUGUAAUUUCACUUUAAACAAAGUGAAAAAAGUUACAUAAUAUGGUAACUACUCAUGGGGUAGGUAUAGAUAAAAAAUAGGCUUUAAUCUAUAAUAUAAUAUAAUACGUUUCUACCGAGUAAAACAUUUGUCGAAAACAGUGUAAUAAUAAUUAAUAUUAAUAAUUUAUAAUCAUAAUGGCCAGCGACAGCCGAUUAUAAUUAUUAUAAUGGUGCGUAAUGAACAAACAAUAAUAAUAAUAAUAUUGUGACACGAGAAAACAAAAAAUAAUACAAAAAAACCAAACAAAUAAUUCUGGACCGCUUUCGUAUCGGUAAAAAAUUAUAGAAAACAACACACAGUUUUAGACGCCUCCUCCGCCACCAAGUUCCUCUUCGUACUGUUUUCGGAAACAGUCUCCCACCGGGAAGAAGUCCCAACACCGUUGCUGGUACAUGUUCCAUACGUACGUCUCUUGACCGGUGUAUUCGGUGUCCGGUUUGUUGAUCAAAUGCAUUAGGAAAAACCUGUAC